AACUCGAAGCGGCAUAGGCAUCAUAAACCCGCGGGAUGAUUAUUUCCUCUUUGCAUGAAGAGCUCUCGGCCUUUCAUUUUCUUUAAUGAAGAUAUGUCCCAGCAAGAUUUUAAAUCAUUGACAGCACAUGUACGGAGUAUGGUCUCCAUGAAUGGAGACUUGAGCUUCUCGGAGAGUGCAAUGAUGGACCGAAUGAAACGUAGAAGAAUCCAGGGGCUGCUGCGGGAUAGAGGAAGUGUUGGUCCGUCCGUAUCGACCACGGUACAUUUCCACGAACCCCGAGUCGCCCAUGUCAACUUAGUCUGGACUUUUUGCUGGCAGACCGGGACUGUGAAGUACAUACGUAUGUACUGUAAUAUCAUAGUGUACGGAGUAGAGAAUACAUGAACUGGUUGGUAGUGGAAAUCCAGGGUCUCGGCCUAAUAAGCGACACUGAUGAAUAAUGCCAGCCUGUGCGACGAA